AACAUCUUGCAUGCAGCGCAGCUAUGCAGGAAGCUAAAAUGGCACCUCCUCCAGAUAGAGCCUUUGGUGGUUAUCGACUUUUUGUGGGAGAUAUUGGAACAAGAGUUGGAAAGAACGAUUUGGAGAGAGAAUUCGAUCGUUAUGGCCCUAUUACAGAUGUAUGGGUAGCGAGGAAUCCUCCUGGUUUUGCCUUUGUGGUUUACAUGUACCGUGAUGAUGCCGAUCGAGCUGUCAGAUCACUGGAUGGAAGAUUGAUGUGUGGUAGGAGGGUCCGUGUUGAGCAUGCUCGUCCCUACCCUGGACCUCCACCACCCCGCAAAAGCAACGAUUAUGGUUCAAACAGAAGUUUUGGUCGCAGAAGAAGCAGAUCUAGGGACAGGAGAAAGUCGCGUUCAAGGUCACCUUACCGGAAGAGAUCCCGAUCAAGGUCACGCUCGUACUCGCAUUCCCGUGAUCGAUACUCCAGUCGCAGAAGAAGCCAUAGGUCCCGAACCAGGUCACGCUCCCCACACAGGUCUAGAGACAAGUCCAGGUCCCCGAGGAGAUCCAGAACCCCAAGGAGGUCUAGGUCCCCUAGGAGGUCCAGAACACCAAGAAGGUCUAGAUCCCCAAGGAGGUCCAGGACAAGAUCCCCCAGGAAGUCGAGGUCUAGGUCCAAGACACCAAGGAGGUCUAGGUCAAGAUCUAGGUCUCAAACUCCAAGGAAAUCAAGGUCCCGGUCCAAGUCUCGUAGAUCAAGAACACCCGAGAAAAGAUAUUCAAAGUCUACUUCAAAGUCUCCAGCUCGGUCCAGAGCAAGGUCCAGAUCGCGGUCACCUUCAGAAGGAAGGAAGAGCCUUUCGCAGGAGCUCUCCAGUUCUCGGAAGCGUCGAGGUAGCGAGAGGAGUACCGGGAGUCAUCGUAGCGGAGGGGACCGAGAAACGGUGGGACAGGACGAGGAGAACAAUGGGCGUAUAGACAUGACUGAAGUAGCCCUGGCCAAACCACAAGAUGAAGAUCUGAUAGAAUGGAAUCCAUUGGACCAAAAUGCCGAAUAUAAAUCAGAAGACCGGGCAGAGAAAUAUGAUAGAGAGAAAGAACAACUUGGCGAACAAAUUGAAGAAAACUGAACUAUUUAUUAUGUAAUUAACCUGUCCCUUAUCUUUUGCAUGCUCCCAUGUCUGUAUAUGUUGCUGUUUAUGUGUGUGUGUAUGCUUUCAGUCUAUGAUGUUACAAACUUUUGAUUGAACAUUUGAUUCUCUCAUAUCCAUAGAUUAGGUGUUGGGUUUUCCUUGUUGUCAUAAACCAAUGGCCUGAAUUACCAUAGGGAUCAUGAGUUAUACCUUUGUGUUAAACCUCAGAGGUGUAUCAUGCUGAUAGGAAAGUGUUAUUCUUGUUUGCUCACCACGAAAUGCAUAAUUUGACCUGAAUAUUAGAACACUUCACAAACAAUGCUCUUGUACAUUGGGGGUGGGGGGGGGGUUCCAGCAUCUUAUUUAUGUUACAUAAAUAAGUGCUUUUGAUGAGAUACUGUCCUUGAUACAUGUAUAUAUUCACAAUUAAAUCCCUGUUUUAUCCAAGUGGUAAUGUUUAUAUUAUUAAGAUGAUUUAACACCCGGGGUUGUUUCAGAAAGCCAUUAAAAUGCCUUGCCAAAAACUUAUUUUUAGAUUUGAAAAAAAAUGUAUUGUGAACCUAUAAAUUGUGAUGGCUAUUUCGCAUUUAUUGGAAAACAGGUGUGUUUGAAACUGUAUUGUGAUCCCCUUGUUACAUGGCAAUAUAUUGUGAUUUCAAUGUUGCAAAGAUUCGUUGAGAAAUAAUGUUGACCUUUCAACAGAGCAUCAAGGCUUCAUGAUGAAACUGUUGCAUUAUGAGUAAGGCCCCCAUUCCACAGAACGGAGACCAUUGAAAGACCACUGAAAGACUUAAAAUUGGUGAGGUCUUACAGCUGUCUUCAAGAUCACUGAAAUUGGUCAUCUCUGUGGAAUGGCUCAGAAAGACCCCUCAAAGAACUCUGAAAGACUGAUGGAUAUUUCUUGUCUUUCUGGUCUUAGACUAUUCCUAUAGAGAUCUUUCAAUGGUAUUUCAGAGAUCUUUUAUGCAUCAAGUGAUUAUUCAGAAUUCUUUCCAUGGACUUCGCCUGGUCUUUCAAUGAUCUUUGAAUGAUCUCUCAUGAGUCUUACAGUGAUCUCCGCAAAAAUCUUGAGAGACUGCCGAAAGAUCAUUGAAAGACUAUUAAGACCUUUGAAAGUUCAUCGAAAGACCGCUGAAAGACCAUUUUCCUGUAAGACCGUUGUAAGACUGUUUUGAACCUUUUCAAAAAGUAUUGGAGCCCAUGAAGACCACGAAGACCACUGAAAGAUUGGUCAGGACUCGUGUAAGACCUCAAAGACCAUUGUAGGUUUAUUGAGAGACCUCUGAAAGAUCAACCAGAAUUUAUGGUCUUUCAGCGUUCUUGUUCUCUGUGGAAUGGGGGUUUAAGGAGUCAUGAACAGAUUUGGUAGUUGUGGGUGUUGCAACGCAAAACUUAGAGACUGAUUAUAUGACUAAUUUUUACAAUUGAUUGUACAUUGUGAUACACAAUCAUUGUAAAAAAUUGUCUUACAAUAAAUUGCUGAGCUUUGUGUGAAAGGGCCAAAUGGUUCAAAGGGUAUUCAAGGUGGUUGUAGCAAUGUUGUUUGAUGAAUCUUAAUAUUUUUGACCAUUUAUAGACUUACAUUGAUAUUUUUAUGCCCCCGCAGACGAAGAAUUCUUCAAAAGAGUUGCUUUGUGAUGCUAGUUUUUGUAAAUAGAAUUUUUCUUUUUUUUUCUAUUGAGAAAAUGAGAGUAUUUUUUGAUAAGUUUGGGAGUACUAUUUAGAGUUGUAUAUGGGUAUUGGGUUUCACUUUGUGUUAUAAACAUGUGACUUCAGACUGCUUGUAGAUAUUUUAUAGCGAGAGAGCAACUAAAAACCAGGGCGUGUUGUUUGUAAAAUUCACCAAGCUAGGAAUUGUUUUGAAACAUUUAAUCAAACAUUUUUCUAUCUUUCUUUCUGAAUUGAAGAACAUGGAUGCUGUUUUUCAUCGGUACAGGCCUUUACAUUUAGUUUCUGUUUGCUGUUUCUGUUUAUAGUUUCUUGGCCAUAGAAAAUUCUCUCUCUCUAAAAAAAAAUGUGUACAAUAUGGAUCAUUCUAAAUGAUUAAUGGCCUACUUGUCAAUUUAUUAUUGUCAUUCUUGCAGUUCAUACAUGUAUGGUACUUAAAAGGAGUUUGUAGUAACAUUAUUCACAUAGAACAGCCGCAUGCACAUACAUUGUAAUGAUUGUAUGAAGCACAUGGUCAUUAUUUCUUUUGAUAAUGAUUUUCAAGGGGUUUAUUUUUACACUCUGUAACCUGCUUUUUAUUGCAUGUGGGGUCAUGCAGGUGAUAACUUUAGCAAAUCACCUCCAAGAGAUCGGGGAUGUCAGUUGUGCAUUUGAUUUCUGGUAUGAUCUGAUUGUGUAGUCGAACAGCGCUUCUCAACCGGUGGGCCGUGAGAAGCUGCAGAGGGAGAGAAAAAGAAAUAGAAAAACUAUAGUAUAUUCCACAGACCUGUCGGAGCAUGGUAUGUCCGAUCAUUAUAUAUGCAGGUCAAACAAAACUAAAGCACGCUUAGGUAAUAGGUAUCAUGCAUGUUGCAAAGCAUGCACAUGCACACUAUGAUGGUUUUGAUCUAACUUUAAUGUGAACCUCAUGUGCAUGCAUAUUUGUGUUUACCGGGAUAUUUGCAAGUGCAGAUUGGUUUACAUUCUCAAACUGUUUGUUUCAAAUGUGCUUUGUGUUCAAAUUUUGCAAAAAAUCUUUUCAUCAAAAUGGACGUUUUCUUAAAAUUGUGGUAGGUGGGCCUCAAAAAAAAUCUGAGAGUCAAAGUGGUCCUCAAGUAAAUUUAAGCUUGAGAAGCGGUGUGGUAUAGUUUAGUAAUAAGAUUUUCAGUUGUCUACACUCAUGCUGCCCUCACAAUAUAUGGUAUACAACUCAUGUUUCUGGUUUGGGGGUGAACAUUUUAGAUUUGAAGUUGCUCAUUCUAAUCCUAAAAUGGUACAAACACACGAGUUGUAGUUUUAAAAAUAGAUUCUGAAAACCCCAUUCUGUAAAAUUCAUGGGAAAUAUUUAAAAAGAAAAUGAAAAGACUUCAGGCUAAUAUUCAGGAAUAAUAUCAAUCGGAUUUAACUUCCUGUUCUUAUAUCACUUGUGUCAAUUUUAUUUUAUUUCAUAAAAAUGUUGUUAUUUUCUUUGUUGCUGUUGGAAAGGCUAAUUGUCCCCAAUUGUAAUAUUCAGGGAAAAUAUAGUAAAGGAGUGAAAAUAUCAGUUUGAGAAUGAUAUCUAUAAAGGCAAUGAGCAAUUGUUCCAAUGGCCAUGUUGAAUUUUUCUCCAGGUGAAAAUAAAUUCUAAACAUCACUCUAUGUAACCUAUCCAAUGCAUUUCAAUUAUUUGCAUUGUUUUUAGUGGAAGGUGGUAGUAGAUAUAAAACCAUCCAUGUACAGAUUUCAUUUUGAUUCAAAAUAUUUUUCUUCAAAUUAUAUGCUCAAAAUAUAAAAUGUAUUUUAAAUCAAAUGUUGUAUAUGUGCUGGAUAUGUUCUGAUAAAAGUUUAUGGUCAUUGAAUUGCCAAUUUAUUCAGCAUUUUCAAGGUAGAUGUAUGUGUUUGAUUUCUGACCCAUUCAUUUCCCAAAUGAUCUUUUGGGAUGAUUGAAUUGAUGGGGAAAAUACUUAUCGUACGUUUUCAUCCGUUGUACAGCUAUAGUUUUAGUAUGUUGAGUAUAACUCGUCAGGGUGAUUAAUGCUAUGUCAGAAGCCCCAUAUGGUUGUAUUUGUGUGAAUUUAUUUGUGUAACAUUUUCAAAACAAGUUCUGUCACAUUUUGAAAUUUUCAGUGGAAACUAA